GGCUUCAUUCACUUAACUUGUUAAAGCUUCUUAUAGCUAGCACGAUAAUGACAUUUGAUACUUUUGUCUUGAAAUAUAAAAACAGUGUCACUUGAUUUUAUUCGGUUGCGUUUGGUAAAUCGUACAGAACCUGAAUGCAUCACAGCCCAUGUUUUCACGUCCACCUACAACAUUGCAGCCUGGAGUGAUUCAUGUCCUGAAAACACAGGACAGUUUGUGCCUGGGACGAACGGAGGUGCUUUUCGAUUAAGGACUAAAAGGGAAGGGUUCAGAACUGUUACAGGCCCAGACAUGCCCGAUUCGGGUUCGAGGGUGUCGGAUCCACAGCACUCCCAGAAACUGCUCCGGGUCCUUCGCUCCUUCUGGCAGGAGCAGAGUUUCCACGACGCGCUGCUGGUGGUGGAUGGAGAGGAACUACCUGUCCAGAAGAACAUCUUAGCUGCUGCCAGUCCUUAUAUCAGGACCAAGUUAAACUACAAUCCUCCGAAGGAAGAUGGGUCAACCUACAGGAUCGAGCUGCAGGGGGUGUCUAUGGCCAUCAUGAAGGACAUCUUAGAAUACAUUUUCAGUGGUGAAAUCAGUCUGAGUGAAGACACCGUCCAGGACAUGGUCCAGGCCUCAGACCUGCUGCUCAUCACAGACCUGAAGUUGCUCUGUUGCCAGUUCUUGGAGAGUUGCAUCAGUGCAGAGAACUGCAUCGGUAUCCGCCUCUUCUCCCUGCACUACUGCCUGUACCACGUCCACUACGUCGCCACCGAGUUCUUACAGACGCAUUUCCGGGACGUGGCGCUCACCGAGGAGUUCAGAGAGUUGCCUCAUGAGCGUCUCUGUGAAGUUCUGGCAAUGGAGAAGCUGAAUGUGGGCAACGAGAAGCAUGUCCUGGAGGCGGUGGUGCGAUGGUUCGGUCAUGACCCAGAGGAUCGAAGGGUCCACAUGAAGGAGGUGAUGUCUGCGGUGUGGCUUCAGGGUCUGGAUGUGAGUUACAUCAGAGAACAGACCUUGGGGGAACCGCUGAUGAGGGAGGUGAUCAGGGAGUACUGUCAGCCGGUGCUGGCGGCUGGGCAGCUGCAUGGCGAGGCGUUGUUGGCCGCCUUCAAACCUCGAGGUUACUCUGAGUGCAUCGUCAUCGCUGGAGGAGAGGAUCGCAAGAACAGGAAGCCUACCGCUGUGACUCGGUGCAUGUGUCCGCUGUACGACACCAACAGACAGGCCUGGAUCGAACUGCAGCCCAUGAGCACCGCCCGCCUCGGCCACGGGGUGGUGGCCGCAGAGGGUUUUCUGUUCGUAAUGGGAGGAACAGAUGAACAUAACACCGUCCUGGACACUGGAGAGAAAUACGACCCUGACACCAACAGCUGGAGUCCCAUACCCCCGAUGCAACAGGCUCGGCAGAACUUCGGUGUGGUGGAGCUGGACGGUCUGAUCUACGUCCUGGGAGGAGAGAGUGAUGUGACAGAGCUGAUCACUGUGGAAGUGUUUGACCCACACUGCAACACGUGGAAAAUGCAGAACAGUAUGACUAUGAUUCGCAAGGUCGGCUGCUACGCCACCAUGAACAAGAAGAUCUAUGCCAUGGGUGGGGGCUCCUAUGGGAAACUCUUUGACUCUGUUGAAUGCUUUGACCCCAAAACCCAGCAGUGGACGGGCCUGUGUCCCCUGAAAGAACGACGGUUUGGGUCGGUGGCGUGCGGCGUCGGGCAGGAGCUCUACGUGUUCGGUGGCGUGAGAAGCCAAGAGAACGACAACCCAGAGCAACGACAGAUGUUGACCUGCAAGUCUGAGUUCUAUCACGACGAGAUACGGAGGUGGAUGUUUCUGGACGACCAGAACCUGUGUAUCCAGACCAGCUCGUCCUUUGUGUACGGCGCCGUUCCCAUCGGCGCCUGCAUCUAUGUGGUUGGAGACCUGGACACAGGUACGAGCUUCGACUACAUCCGGGAGUUCCGCCGCAGCACAGGGACGUGGCAUCGCACCAGACCCAUGUUACCCAGCGACCUGUCCAAAACCGGCUGCGCUGCGCUUCGCUUCGCCAACUGUAAACUGUUCCGCCUCCAGCUGAACCAGGGCAUGUUCCGAAUCCGAGUGUGACCCGGACACGUCGUCUCUGAACUGCUUCACGUUUGCACACUGGUACCGUCGACCUGCUGUAAGUCCGGUUACAUCGACCCAACGAACACAUAGGGUUCGAUCUGUUUUUAAUUUAAGAGACAUUCCUCAUUUUUAAUGAUUACUUUUGAUCUGCUGCUUGAUGACAAAUCACUUUAUAAAAGAAACAACAUGUAAUCACUAAUAUACUGUAAUGCACAGUUAGGAGGGGUUGUUUAAAUACCUAAUGCCCAUAUUUGGGUUUCUAGGUUAGUUUUGUGCUUCUGUGAUGAACUUUCGUCUUCGUGUUUGGAUGCAGUGGAGUCUGAGAGUGGUCACUUUGUGUUGGACAUUUAUAGUGUUUAUAUAUGGAGAAAUCCACUGUUAGGGGCCAUUAACUUCCCUAGGUAUAUUUCACUGCUCUAAGCAUCGAUAAAGAAACGGCAAAAUGGUCAAAAGUAGGAUCUGAGCAACUUUCUGAACAACCACAUUUCAACCAGUCCAGCAUCUAUGGGAGUAAAACAUUAUUACCACCUGUCUAAUAAGGUGUAGGUUCCCUUUGUUCCACAAAAACAGCUCUGACCCAAGGCCUAGACUCCACCGGCCCACUACAAGUGUGUGUGGUAUCUGGACCAUGACAUUACAGCCGAUCCAUGAAGUCCUGGAAGUAAAGAGGUGGACCUCCAUGGAUCACAUUUAUUCGUUCAUCACUUCCUGCAGAUGAUCAGCUGUCAAUAAAGUGACCAAAAAUGAACAUUUACUAAUCGAACUCACCAAAAAAAUUAUUACAAAUUAAUGCAGAAGAAUAUGGUAGUCAACAAAAUGAACAAAAACUGACUAAAAUAUACAACAAAAUUAACAAAA